AUGGGAGCGUCACGGGCUUCACAACUCCACUUCCCUGCUUUAACGCUUCUACACCUUUACUACAAUCUCACCGUCUCACCAUCUCCAACAAGCCAACCCGAUCCAGCUUUGCCCCUGAAACUCAUCCCGGCGCUUCCUCUAAGGAAACGUGACACCUCUCUUCCAGACGUCACAACUCUAAUCAGUUUCCAAACCCCCAAGCUGUUGUUGUUAUUCUCUUACUACCCAAGCGCCGGCCAACACUCCAUUGAGUUGUUGUUGGGCCUCCCAUACUCCCCGGAACAGCAUCGAUAUUCAAUAGAAUGUGAGAUUGUACGGACACCCAGUCGGAUUCGGUUCUUGAAGAUGGCUUCUUGGCCCGGGGCGCGACGAUCCUCUCUCUCCGCGGUACCGUUCCUGGGGAAUCACUGGGCCAAAAAUAGAAGUGAGAUCUACCUCCCCCGAAGCUCCUCGGAUGCAAACUUCCCCUCGGAAUGGCCCGAGCUAUGGCGCAGCAGCCAUCAGGCCCUAAGCUCGACGGCCUCUGGUACCCUCCAGCCCCUUUCCCCCCGCUUAUCGGAGGCCUCUCCGCCCCGAACCACCUCCACGGCCCCCAUCAUCGGCCCCCAUCACACUGAAGAUACUGGGCGCAGCACUACGAUGGGAAUCAAAAAUUGUCCGAAACCCCUGGAUCAGCUGGAGCAGUUUUUUCAUUCCCCACCGGCAUCACAACAGGCCCGAUCCUUGCCCCCUGUGACCGCCCCUGCACGUAACCACAGCGCUAAACUAGCGAGGCUCGUAGAUGACGUUCUUCAUCUGCAAGAAGAAGUCUCUACACAGCGUUUUCAAGCUCGGGAUCUACGACAGGCUCUAAGGCAGAAGCGAGAAGAAGAAGACGAUCUGCGAUUAUCUUUGCGCAACCAACUAAAUCUCAUAUCCCUGGAAACCGCACCCGCGGAGUUAAUCAGCAUCAACACAGCCAUUGAGAACCUCCAGGUCAUCACGGCCUCGUACCAGAUACUUGAAGACGAUUAUCAUCAGAUAGAAAAUGAGCUGGCCCAUCGUGAGUCCAUCCUGGAUGAGCGCAUAAGGAAACUCACCGAACUUCUUUGUAAACAUGCCACAACAACAGCAACCACCACCACCACUACCCAACAGCCCAACAUCAAUGGUUCGGGCUCUGAUUCGCUUUCUAUUUUUUCUUUCCCCUAUAAUACCAACCAUAUAUCGCAAGCAAUAGCAGAAUAUCUCUCUCUAGUGGGCGAGGUUCGCCUGAUGCGUGAGCAAUUAUCUGAAUUAAAGACCCAAUAUCUGGCUCUCCUCGACCAACGCGACCGAAGCGAGCGCAUCGGUAUCACACUCGAUAGCGAAGCGCUUGUGUUUCUGGAGUGCUAUGAAGAGGCAAAAGCGAAGGCCAAGGCAGAUUUGGAUGUGGCAAUUCACCGCUUACAGUCCCAUCCCGAGCACAAGAACCAUGACGAAUCCGUGUCGCUCAAUGAUGACUGGAAGCGAGUCAAAGAGGCCUUUCUCCCUGAACAACCAGACAAUGCAAAUCCUCCGGAUCCACUUCGAUUGACCGAGUUUGAAGAUUUGUCGCCCUUUUUUGAACCAGUGUCCGCAACCUCACUGAACAAAACCGCCUUCAUCAACCGAUGGCUGCUCCAUCAGUUACGUCACUCCGGGUUUGAGAUCAUGCGGUUCAAAUCGAGUCCUGCGGUGAUGAAUCUCACUGACCAAGGUGUUGAUGGCAAUACCAUCAGUCGAAUUGCGCUGAACAUGUGGUAUCAUGAUGACCCUAGGACGGUGGCGCCCCCGAGGGGCAACUCUGCUAGUUAG